UACACUUUGUUUCUUUUAUUUAAUCAGGAUGUCUUUGCUGGAAUUGUUAAUGGACUGCAAGGAAAGAGGCAUAACAUUCAGAGAGUCAUGCAGCAUAUGCUUAGCUGAUUUAAGUGGAAAUAUAUGCUUGACUAAAUGCAAGCACACAUUCCAUAGAAGGUGCUUGCAUAAGUGGCUUCGCACAUUCCCUGGGACCUCCUGUCCAAUGUGCAGGGAACCUCUGACGUUGCCCAUACCAUACGAGCACAUUAAAGAUGUGUAUACGUUUAAACUUGGUGGGUUAGACAGUGACGAAACAGACAAAGAUGAGGAAUCUCAUGAAGAAUCUGCUAACAACGAUAAUGUCAUUGUCGCAGACAAUGCCACUACCCAAGGUAAUGGCCCUCCUCCAUUAUUCAUCAUUACCACUGAAGGUGAGGAAUCGGAUGAAGAAUCGGACGAAGAAUCGGACGAAUCAGACGAAGAUCUAGAUGACAAUACCGAUGACCAUCCAUUAUUCAUAAUUUCCAAUGGGGAAGGCACUUACGCGUUGUUAUUGAAUAGGAUCAAUUAGCGGAGUGAAAGCCGUAGCAAUGAAUAGUAGUAUAAUUUUGAAUUUUAUUUUUUUUUUUUAUUACUAAUUAGUCUCUGAAGUUUAUUUAUUUAUUUAUUUGUGUUUGUAUUACUUUAGUAGUUGUUUGUAUAUUUUGUAUUAUUAUAUUAUAUUUCUUACUUAUGCAUUUUUCUUCACCUAUUUUACAAACUGUUGAAGAUAAUUCGCAGGCAGUAGCAUCAGUUCAGACUACUAGCCAGCAUAAAGAUGA